CGGGCCCUAGCGCCCGCGGGGCGGGAGGGCGGGCGGAGGAGGCGGGCUCGGCACACGCACACGCCGCUCCCGCCGUCCUCGGCUUAAAUAGGGUGGCGCCGGGGGUGCCGCGCGGAGUCGUGGUCGUUGUUGCUGUCGCUGCCGGGAGGUUCCAACAUUGAGAAAACUACACUGAACUGCAAUGCAAGCACAUGAGUUGUUUAGAAACCUACGAAUGCCAGAACUUGGGGAUGUCAGACAGUAUGUGCGCACCCUUCCGACAAAUACGUUGAUGGGCUUCGGUGCUUUUGCAGCUCUCACAACCUACUGGUAUGCAACAAGACCAAAAGCACUAAAACCAGCAUGUGAUCUAGCAAUGCAGUCUGUGGAAGUAGAGGGUGGUGAGCAUGCUCGAAGGUCCUGUGUUCUUAACAGUGAUGAACUGCUGGUUUACUACUAUGAUGAUGUAAGAACAGUGUACGAUAUCUUCCAAAGGGGUGUGCAAGUAUCAAAUAAUGGUCCCUGUCUAGGUGUUAGAAAACCAAACCAGCCAUAUGAGUGGAUCUCCUAUAAAGAGGCUUCAGACAGAGCUGAGUAUGUGGGCUCUGCAUUACUCUACAGAGGCUUCAAACCAUCUCACACUCAAUAUAUAGGAAUCUUUUCACAAAACAGACCUGAGUGGGUUAUCAUUGAACAGGGGUGCUAUGCAUUCUCCAUGGUGGUGGUGCCGCUCUAUGAUACGCUGGGAACUGAAGCAAUUACGUACAUUGUGAACAAAGCUGACUUGUCAUUGGUUUUCUGUGACAAACCUGACAAGGCCAAACUUCUGCUAACCAAUGUGGAAAAGGGGGAAACUCCCAUACUCAACACCAUUGUCAUCAUGGAGUCCUUCAGCAAGGAUCUUGUGGAACGUGGCAAAAAGUGUGGAGUAGAAAUUUUCAGCAUGAGAGAACUAGAGGAGUUGGGAAGAGCACACAGGCAAAAACCUAUGCCUCCAAAGCCAGAAGAUCUAGCAAUCGUCUGUUUCACCAGUGGAACGACAGGGAACCCCAAAGGAGCUAUGAUCACUCAUGAAAACAUAGUCAGCAACGCUUCAGCUUUUAUGAAAACUACAGAGAAAACAUUUAAUCCUCGCUCUGAUGACGUUCUGAUAUCAUUCCUGCCCUUGGCUCAUAUGUUUGAGAGAAUCGUUGAGUGUGUGGUUCUGUGCCACGGAGCUCGGAUAGGCUUCUUCCAAGGGGAUAUCAGACUACUUAUGGAUGACCUAAAAACACUGCAGCCAACUAUAUUUCCUGUAGUACCAAGACUGUUGAACAGAAUGUUUGACAAGAUUUUUGCACAGGCAAAUACAUCAUUAAAGAGGUGGAUGCUGGAUUUUGCUUCCAAGAGGAAAGAAGCAGAACUCAGAAGUGGUAUAGUUAGAAACAACAGUUUCUGGGAUAAAGUCAUCUUCCGCAAAAUACAGGCAAGUUUGGGAGGAAAAGUAAGGCUCAUGAUCACAGGAGCAGCCCCUGUGUCUGCAAGUGUACUGACCUUCCUGAGAGCAGCUCUUGGCUGUCAGUUCUAUGAAGGUUAUGGGCAGACUGAAUGCACAGCGGGAUGCUCCCUGUCAGUUCCUGGUGACUGGACAGCAGGUCAUGUUGGAGCACCCAUGCCAUGCAGUAUCAUCAAACUUGUUGAUGUACCAGAAAUGAAUUACUUGGCUGCCAAAGGAGAGGGUGAGGUGUGUGUGAAAGGGCCAAAUGUAUUUCGUGGCUAUUUGAAAGAUCCAGAAAAAACAGCAGAAGCACUGGACAAAGAUGGCUGGCUUCACACAGGAGAUGUUGGGAAAUGGCUACCAAAUGGUACAUUGAAGAUCAUUGACCGGAAAAAGCACAUAUUUAAACUAGCCCAGGGAGAAUACAUAGCACCAGAGAAAAUAGAAAAUGUGUAUCUGAGUUGUGAGGCACUUGCUCAGGUGUUUGUCCAUGGAGAGAGCUUGCAGGCCUUCUUAGUAGCUAUUGUGGUACCUGAUCCUGACGUUUUGCACAGCUGGGCCAAGAAAAAGGGAUUUGAAGGCUCGUAUGAAGAGCUAUGCAAAAACAAGGACGUCAAAAAACACAUUCUGGAAGACAUGGUGAGGGUUGGGAAAGAAUCCGGUUUGAAGUCAUUUGAACAGGUCAAAGACAUCGUCGUGCACCCUGAAAUGUUUUCUAUUGAAAACGGCCUGCUGACACCAACACUGAAGGCAAAGAGACCAGAACUGCGAAAAUAUUUCCGGUCACAGAUAGAUGAACUCUAUGCCAAUAACAAAAUGUAACUGAGAAGGAGUGAGGAAAGUGGCACAUGUCUGAUGUCUACUGUUGGCCUUCAUAUCUGUAAUCUGACUACAGCAAACAUAGGGAAGGAAACUGUGCAAUCAUUAACCUGUACAAAAAAGGGUACUUGCCAUAGGAACAUUGAAGAAAUGGAACACUGCCUUACUGUCAAGUUGUGUUGCAUACUGUUUUUAUGGUGACCUACAAUUUCCAAAAAGAGCCUUAACCAGAAAUAGUAACUAUAUGUAACUUAUUUAAGACUGACUUUGCCAAAAAUGAGACUCUCCUUCACCAAGGAGCUAAGGUUUUCUUAUUGACAGCAUGUUUGCUGUCUGCAGUGUGUUUUGCAGUUGUCAAUUCCACAAGGAUUUGGCAGGCUUGAAAAAGCCUCGAAGUAUCUUGUAUCCCCUCAGAAGGAUCACUUAAUCCAUUCAAAAAAAAAAAACAGCCACCAAAAAAAAACCCCAGCCCCUAUGGUUGUGUAGCUGGCAUCACCUCUUGCAUUAGUCCUAAUAUUAAUGGGUAAGGCAUCCAAAUGUUGGGGUUUUUUUCUGUAUCUGCAUCCAGUUCUGAGAUGUACUUUUAUCAGUUAUAAGUCAGAACUCCACACAAAGGAAGACCAAAUAAUACAAGGUCCUGAGAAUAAGUCUGCAUGUGGUGGUUCUGCACUGAAAGAGUGGAUGCAGUUAAUUCAGCAACCGUCACCUUGGCUACAUUAACACAAUUCCAGAGUGGUGCCAGCCUUGUUGAUGAACAGAUCCCAACUCUGGAACACUAGAACACUAGAGACCUAAAAUCAAAACCAUUCAGGAGGCUGAGCUAUGCUAACAGUCAGGUAAACACUGCACCUGUACUAGCCACUUGUUUCCAUGUAAUGAACAUGUAUUUUAAAUGCAUUUUAAAAAAUGUGCCAGGUCCUCUAUAAGCAGAAGAGCUUCUGACAUAACCUUUCAGUUUUCUGUGCUUUAUGUAUGAGCCACUGAAUAGCAAAAUAGGUCAGGUAGAAUGUUUUUGCCUGAUGCUUUGCAGCAAUUGGAAGUAUUUAUAUACACCAACAGAGCUGUGUGGCACAGGAUAGGUGUUUGUUCAGGGAUAAAAACCUAAUUCCCAGAUAAAUUACAGAAUAACUAGUUACCUUUUGUUUGAGAAAUCAGCAGAAAUAAGCCUUAUUACAGCAUUAAGUCUUUUGCUAUCCUUAACAGAGUUGUUUUUUCAUUAGCAUUCAUUGCUGAUUUUUGGAAACGUGGAUAAAUGUAAAAUACAAGCACAACAAGGUUUGCACUAAGAUUUGUGUGUGAUUGUAAUGCACUACUCUGUAGCAUAAUUUCAUACAUGUGUGCAAUUAAGGUACACAAAUCCAAGUCAGCUGUUAGAACAGUAGUUUGUUACAUUGGAAUUCAAAUGUUUGCAUAGUCUUGGCUAUUUCUAUGUUUUAUAAAACCAAAACAAUUUUGAAAACCAAUGAAGGAAAUCAAAAUAAAUAUUUCUGCAUUUCAA